AUGGCCGAGCCAAGGCCGCCGACCCAAGCUACGGCGAUCCUCCUAGCCCUAGCGACGUGGUGCCUCGUCUUCCUUCGGAGCUCGUCAGCCCCAGUCGUGCCUGCACUCCGGCCACCGCCACCACCAUCAGCACCGGGAGGCACCCUCUGCAUCCCCCACGAGCGAGAUGCGCUUCUCACCUUCAAGGCCGGCCUCACCAAUCCGAGCAACCACCUUUCGUCGUGGCGGGCCGACAAGGACUGCUGCCGGUGGAUGGGCGUCGGGUGCAGCAACCAGACUGGCCACAUCAUCAAGCUCGAUCUCAACAGCUACAACUAUGGUCCGCUCAUGUAUGGAAGCAUAGGAGGUGAGAUAAACCCCUCUUUGCUCACUCUCCAACAUCUGCAGUACCUAGACCUCUCAUUCAACGACUUCGGUGCAAGAUCCAUUCCUGAAUUCAUCGGUGGCCUCCGGAGCCUGAUUCAUCUCGCCCUCACCGAUUUGUUCUUCGGUGGGCGAAUCCCUCCUCACCUUGGGAACCUCUCAAAUCUGGUCAGUCUUGACCUCUCUAUUUUCGGUUGUUACUCGCCUGACCUCAUAUGGGUGAGGCACCUACAGAAGCUACAAUACCUCUACAUGGAUGGGGUGGACCUUAGCGCCGCCGUCAACUGGACUCAUGCUGUCAACAUGCUCCCCUCUCUUCUAGUACUUACACUAGCUGGUUGUGGGCUUCGGAACAUUAUGCCUCCACCGUUGCACUCCAACCUUACAUCACUAAAGGUCCUCUGUCUCGAGUCCAACCCCUUCAACUCAUCCUUGGGAGCCAACCACUUGGUUUGGGAUCUACCGAUGCUUCGAUAUUUAAGAAUGUAUAACUGCAGAAUCCAAGGUCCUAUACCUGCUGCGGUUGGAAACAUGACCUCCAUUGAAUAUAUGAUUCUGGAGGGAAACAACUUCUUGGGCAUGGUGCCAUCAACAUUCAAGAAACUCAAGAGACUAAAAGUGCUCACACUAUCAGAAAACUCCAUUAGCGGAAGCACGGAAGAUCUAUUUCAUAGACUGCCAGCAUAUGCAUUACAAGAGUUGUACUUGGAUCACAACAAUUUGACUGGGGGCCUUCCAAAUCGACUAGAGGAUUUCAGUAGCUUGACCACACUUUGGCUCAAUAAUAACGAACUAUCCGAAGAGAUACAUGUUGGUAUACGGAAACUUACAAAACUAGAGUUACUGGUGAACUCAAACAACCUGCAUGGUACACUUAUUGAACACCAUUUCACAAAUCUGAGUAGCCUGCGGGUCUUGUGGAUCUCCGAUAAUUCCUUAACUAUGCUCGUCAAUAACACAUGGAAUGGUCCAUUCAAAUUAACUUCAGGAGGCUUUAGAUCUUGCAUCCUAGGGCCCCAAUUUCCAGUAGGGGUUGUCAGGUCAACAAUCAACACUCUUGAUCUUUCAAACACAGGUAUACAUGAUUCCAUACCUGUUGAGUUUUGGACUGCAACACGCCAUGCUCGAGCCUUGGAUUUGUCGGGAAACCAGAUUGUCGGGAGGCUUCCCGCAAAUUUUCGGUUUGGUGGGUUAGAACCUUUUAUGUUGGAUAUCAGUUCUAACCAACUUGUUGGCCCGAUUCCAGAACACUCAAAGAACCUAAUCUACUUAGACCUCUCUAGGAACAAUCUAUCAGGUUCACUUUCGUCAAAUAUUGGAGCACCGAAGCUAGAAAUACUAGUGUUGUUCAAAAAUUCUUUUUCUGGGACCAUUCCGUGCUCCAUGUUUGAGUUGCGACACCUGUGGUUCCUAGACAUAUCAGAGAACCUACUAAAUGGGAGCUUUUUGAAUUGUCCUCGUGUCCCGAAAACUUCAAGCAUCACCGUGCUUAACUUGAAUAGUAACAAUCUUUCACGGGGAUUCCCAUCGUCUUUUCAGAUGUGCAAAGGGCUACAAUUCCUUGAUAUCGCAAACAAUAAAUUUUCUGGGAGCUUACCAACAUGGAUUGAGUCAAAGUUACCGUACUUGCAGUUUUUGCGAUUGCGCUCCAACAUGUUCUCUGGUAGGAUCCCUGUUGAACUCACAAUGCUGAAGCAUCUUCAGUAUUUAGACAUUGCAAGCAACAAUUUAUCAGGGAAUAUACCAUGGAAUAUACCACCUUCACUUGGGAAUCUCUUUGGUAUGGUUCAAACUCCGAACCAACAAGAUCUCCUUUUCUAUACUCUCCAUGCUGGGUUGUCUGCCAUCGACAAGUACAGUUAUGCUUAUAACGAUAGUCUAUCGGUGGUCACAAAAGGUCAACAACUUGAAUUCACGACAGGAAUCGCAUAUAUGGUAAACAUGGAUUUCUCUUGCAACAGUUUAACAGGGGAGAUUCCUCAUGAAAUUGGCAUGCUCAUUGCAUUGAAAAGCUUGAACUUGACAUGGAAUGACCUUAGCAGCACAAUCCCUUUGGCUAUUGGUGAGCUACGGGCAGUGGAAUCUUUGGACCUCUCACACAAUGAGCUCUCCGGUGAAAUCCCUACAAGUUUAGCAGGUCUAACAUCACUGGCCCACUUGAACUUGUCAUACAACAAUUUGACAGGAACCAUACCGUCCGGCAAUCAGUUACAGGCUUUGGACGACCAGACAUCCAUCUGCAUUGGGAAUCCAGGUCUUUGUGGUCCGCUUGUAUCAAGGAGCUGCUCAGGAAUGGAAAUCACUCAAUGGAUUCCAGAGGAUCAGCAUGAGGGCAUGAGCGAUGCGUUGUCAUUAUACCUUGGCAUUUGCACCGGAUUCGUAGCAGGUCUUUGGAUUAUCUUCUGUGGCUUCUUAUUCAAGAGGAACUGGAGAAUUAUUUGGUUCUCGUUCUUUGACUGCAUGUGUGAUUGGGUCUACGUGCGAGCGGCGGUGAGCUGGGCUUCAUUCACAAGGAUGGAGUAG